UUCAUUUCUAAAGUGUGUGUAAAACCCCUCGAAAUGAUGAUUUAUUGCAUAUCGUUUGUGUGCUUUAUUUCACUCAUUGCUUUUGGAGAAAAAAUAAAAGAACAACAAAAUCUGCAGUCAAUUUGGAAAGAGAUUGAUUUUCUGAAAGAACGUACACUGGCAUUGGAAAGUGAGGUUAAGGGAUUAAAACUUCAAAAUGACUACCUUAAACAAAAGGUUGAAACGCUUGAAAGACAAUGCGCGGAACACUCUGUAGAGGAUGUCGAAAGGACAGAAAAAACUGACACAACGGCCAACACGUCAAACAAUCACAGCUAUUCUUUCAAACAGACAUUUGAAUCAAGGAAACGAACUUCUAAACUAAAUCGCCAGAGAAGUAUACUACCAAGACAGGUCUCAAUCCAAACCCAUGUAGCUUUUACAGCAGGAGUAUCGGUUGAUAAUCUUCAUAAUUUAGGUGAUCAUCAAGCUAUUAUAUUUGAUCGUGUCAUCACAAAUAUUGGCAAUGCUUACCAUCCACACACUGGGAUUUUUAAUGUCCCGGUUAAAGGCGCAUAUGCUAUAACGCUAACCAUGACUGUUGAACCUGACAAAUUUCAAUGGCUUGAGUUAGUUGUUGACGGUGGUUCAACAUACUAUAUAUCUGCUGGCCAUGCGGGUGCUAGGGACUUCGCUUCUACAACACAAUAAUGGAUCAUAGAUCUGCAAACCGGAUCAGAAGUGUGGGUCAGGAAGAUUGGUUGGUAUGGCCAAUCUGAUCUCCACGGAAAUAUGAACACUAUUAUAUCCGGCCAUCUAUUGUU